GGGGACGCACUGCAGUCAUCCCUCCCCGCCUGCAGGUGGCGCUGCGCGGACGCACACAGCAGGAAAGCGACAUGCUGGCAGAUGAUGUGUUGUUAAACGUGUUUACAAGAUGUCAGGCCACGACGAGCUGGUCUAUUAUUUGUGUGAAUUAACGAGAUUGCUGUGGAAGCUGCUGCUGCCCCUGCUGUUUCUGUGUUUGCUGCUGCUCGCCGUCCUGCUCCUGCUGGUGCUCGCGGUGCGUUUCUGGCUGCAGAGCAACAGGAGCGCGCGCUGGGCGAGAGACGGCCGCCCGGCGGUGGCCUUCUUCCACCCGUACUGCAAUGCUGGUGGAGGGGGAGAGAGGGUGCUCUGGUGUGCUAUCAGGGCACUGCAGAACAGGUAUGCGGAUGUCAACUUCGUGGUGUACACGGGGGACCUGGGUGUGACGGGACAGCAGAUUCUGGAUGGAGCACGCCGGCGUUUCAACAUCGUGCUGCCUCGGCCGGUUCAGUUCGUGUUCCUGAGCCACCGGCUGCUUGUGGAGCCCGGCCUGUUUCCUCACUUCACUCUGCUUGGACAGAGCGUGGGCUCCGUCUUCCUGGGAUGGGAGGCGCUGACCGAGUUUGUCCCGGAUCUCUACAUCGAUUCCAUGGGCUACGCCUUCACUCUGCCACUAUUCCGAUUCCUGGGGGGCUGUAGCGUGGGGAGUUAUGUUCACUACCCCACCAUCAGCACUGACAUGCUGUCUGUGGUGAGAGAGAGGAACCCCAGGUUCAACAACCCAGACUACGUCUCCAACAGCUUGUUCCUGAGUGCCUGCAAGGUGGUCUACUACUGCAUGUUCGCUCUGCUCUACGGCAUGGCGGGCUCCUGCAGUGACCUCAUCAUGGUCAACUCCUCCUGGACCCUCGAUCAUAUCCUGUCGCUGUGGCGUGCCCCCAACCGCACUACCGUGGUCUACCCUCCCUGCGACGUCAGUGCCUUCCUGGACAUCCCGCUGGUUGAGGACGGGGACAGAAAGUGCCACUCCAUUGUUUCUAUCGGGCAGUUCAGGCCCGAGAAGGACCACCGGCUGCAGAUCAGAGCUUUCAAGAGGCUGCUGGAGCAGAGGAACAGGGAGACAGUGAGGCUGGUUCUGAUUGGCGGAUGCAGGAACCAGGAUGAUGAGGAGCGGGUGCUAAUGCUGAGGGGGCUGUGCCAUGAGCUGGGCAUAUCUGAUAGGGUGGAGUUUAAGCUCAACAUAUCCUUUGUGGAGCUGAAGAAAGAGUUGGGGGAUGCCACCAUCGGACUGCAUACCAUGUGGAACGAACAUUUUGGAAUAGGCGUUGUGGAGUGCAUGGCAGCAGGGAAGAUCAUCCUAGCCCACAAGUCUGGUGGGCCCAAGCUGGACAUUGUGGUGCCCUUUGAGGGGGGCCAAACGGGCUUUCUGGCGGACGACGAGUACAGCUAUGCAGAAGCGAUGGAGCGGAUCUUGGCUCUGUCCUCCACCAGCCGGUUGCAGAUCAGGCGCAUUGCCCGUCAGUCAGUGGUUCGCUUCUCAGACGAGGAGUUUGAAGCCUGCUUCCUUGCUGCUAUGGAGCCUCUGAUGGGAACACUUGAACGAUGAUAACAAGACUUUUUUUAAAUUCCUUUUCUGUAUAUUCCUGUUUCUCCAAAUGUGCUGAUUGUGAAUGGUGCAGUUGGCCUUUGUGAGAAAAGUGUCUUCUACAUAGGUGACACCUUUGCUCCGGUGUAGCAUGUACUGUUAUUUGUUUCACUUUUGUUUAGAGAUGGAAUAAUUGUGAAAAAUAGAAAAUCAAACCUUGUAUGUACUAAAAUAUAUUUAACAUGAUAUACUUAUUUUUCAUAUUGAUAAUAAAUGUUAUAAAGAUUGAAA